UCCUACCAUUUAUUUAUGGUUUUGUGCUGACCACUCUUAAAAAAAAGAAGCUAUGAAUCCGGUGAAACUGAUAUUCUGCACCCACCCUGUUGUUACUCCCACGCUUCCACCUAUAGUUUCGUGUGAUGACCAAGUGAGAGCUUUGGGGUGAGAAUAUCAGAACUCUAACAUUCGAACCGUCCCUCUACUGAGUGUUGGGGAAGCACACGGCUCUACUCUCUCGGCCCAGCUGGUUUGGCAGUUGAGGUAUCUGUCCGUGCUUAUACCUUGGUAAAAUGGGAGGCAACAUCAAUUGACUGCCUUUGCCUCUAGAGUAUCGUGUAAUACUUGUGAAGUAGCUGGUUGACAUGAAAUGGCGGCCGAUGUUGGUCAGGCUUAUUAUGGAUGGUCACAGGAGGAGUUAUCUGAUCAAGAUGAUUCACAAGAAGCUUCAGUCUCACAAAUGCUUGAUCACGGUUCUAUAUCCUUUGGAAGAUUUGCAGCUGAGUCAUUGUCAUGGGAGAAAAGGUCAGUGUUUACUCACGACAGGCGCCAGGAGGAACUGGAGAAAUUUAGUGGCUUAGUUGCCAAAAAGAAAGCAUACUUUGAAGAAUACUAUAGAAGGCUUCGAGCUUUAAAGGCCUUGCAGCAGAACCAGCAAACUGAGCUCACAUUGGAUUAUGGUGGUGAUGGUAGUAAUUCUAGCCAAACUGGAGAAGAUGAUGAAACAGCUUUGCAGCACGGAAGUCUUAGAGAUGGGGCAGCAGAAACUAUGGAUGUCCCUUCAGGAGAACCCGAAAAAGCACUAACCUUCAAGCAGGAUACGAAGUGCAGUGAAACUCUUCAAACUAGACAGUGGUAUCGAGGAUCCACAACAUCAAAUAUCGACUCACUGGGAAGAAGCAUGGGAAAAAUUGAGCUGGAGAAAAAUUCUAACAUUGCUUUGAUACAAGACCUGGACAGAGAAUCCUUGUCGUCAUUAUCCAGAAGCAUGGAAGAGAUUGAACAGAAUGAUAUCAGUAGUGUUGAUGACAAAGAGAUUCUGAGGGAACAAGAGAGUCCAGGGUCUAAUAUUGAACCUGAGCCUGCUCCCAAUGGGUCUGUGUCAGACCUGACAAAUACUAGACCUGGAGACUUGCAGCUUGCGCUGGAUCACAACUUGAUACCAGACAAAACCAAACUGGCUGUUGAGAAACCCCCAGACUGUAAAUCAGUUCCUGAAGUGAAGAAGGAGCCUGUCGCUUCAAUUAGGACUGGCCCUGAUCUAAAACAUGGAACAAGGACAGAAGUGGUUAAGUUGUCAAGGGGAGACAAACAUUCACAACAGAAGCUAAUUGGCAAGGCAGAUAGCAGUCUCCAUUCAGGCAAGGCAACUGCUAAUGAAGUUGCAAGCAACAAUAAAUCUGCCUCGGUUGCUUUGCAUGGAUCAGUUACAGAAGUAUGUUCAAAUAUUACCAAUGCACGCCCAUUUUCUCUUGCCAUGGAAAGAAGAUCAGGCAAUAGGGAAAGUGCAGUGAGAUUGGAUUCCAAAACACCCAGCAGCUUUGCAUCAUCACGAAAUCAGGCAAAUUGUGGGUCAAGUGUGCAGGGUGGUUCAAAAAGUAUGAACACAACCUGUAGUGCGAAGAGCCGAGGACUAAAAAUUAAAAGCGACCGCAAGGAAGUGAUUAGAAAAACUUUGACAUCGGAGAGCGAGGGCGCCCGCCUGAAGGGCAGAGCUGCCCAGGUUGUCAGACAAUCAAAGUCCAGUUCUAUUAACCUUCUGGCAAGGAACAAGUCUAAUUCUGAUGCUGGGCCUCAAGUUCAGCUCACAAAUACCCUCCAAAGGAACAAAUCAAAGGAGGAAAAAGAGGACAGAAGGUUGAAGAGGCCUCAAGGACCUAGUACCAAGAUUGUUGCUCCUUUUACUGGAAAUCUCGUUACAGGAAAUAAAAAGGCAUUUCCAGCCCAGACUGGUGAGCAAUCAAAUAAUGGGAGGAAACUGCAAGUAAAUAAUAUGUUGCAGGAUGGGAGGAAGCCAACGUAUGCUACCAUUUUGCACUCUUUGAAGUCUGAAGCUUACAUUGCUGCUUAUGUUGUUGUUCUCGUCUUUUCCUUAAAACAGUAUCAUUUGGGUUGUGAUACAGGCGAGAAACACCACGGUGGCGAUGACUUGUCUGAAGAUGCAAGCCUCAUGUGUUCCGAUUAAAAGGUACCGAUCAUCAGAUAGCUGCAAUCAUGCAUAGUGUAGCGUCACCACCUGUCUGCUGAGUGUGGUUUACUAUUUAUAGUACCUGUUUUUCUCUCCUAGUUAAGCUGCUGUAUCAUAUAUGCCUUAAAGGCUGUGAGUUAUAUGUUGAGUCGCUUUAAAUAGGCAAGUCCUGCAGCUAGAAGUGCCAUUGGAUAUUCAAACAUGGUAUAUGGGUAAAAGAGAAGGGAAUGAACUUGAAUCUCUGAGCACAAUAUACUAUCAAACUUCUCUUUCUAGUUUUGAUUGAUGUGGUGAUCAUGUAAUUUGGAAUGUACAGUAGGUCAGUGGAUUCA